UAAUACAUACAAAAUUCUUAAUAUGACCUUAACAUUGAAUGGAGACAUGUCUUCCAUAGUGACUCCCCUACUUCAAUUAGGUCCAUUCAACGAAUCUCCAGAUGAAUACACUAAGGAAUUUGCCUUGGAACUGCUUGUUGCGGCCAAAGUCUUGGUGAUUGGAGCUGGAGGUUUGGGUUGUGAAAUCCUCAAGAAUUUGGCUCUAACCGGGUUUAAAGACAUACACGUCAUUGAUAUGGACACGAUAGACAUUUCCAACUUGAACAGACAGUUUCUUUUCCGUAAACGGGACGUUGGGAGAUCAAAGGCCGAAGUGGCAGCACAAGUGAUUUCAAACAAGAUUGGUAAUGAUCAAGUUAAAAUCACUCCUUAUUUCGGGAAAAUCCAAGACAAACCCAUUGAGUACUACCAGCAGUUCACGGUGGUGAUCUGUGGCUUGGACAGUGUAGAGGCCCGUAGAUGGAUAAAUGCCACGUUGGUGUCCAUGGUUGAUGAUGAAUUAAAUAAUUUGAUCCCGUUGAUCGAUGGAGGUACUGAAGGAUUCAGAGGCCAAGCCAGAGUCAUUCUCCCAACCUUAACUUCUUGUUAUGAAUGUCUGUUGGAUAUGUUGAGUACAAGAGCAACGUAUCCAGUGUGUACCAUUGCCAACACUCCUAGACUCCCUGAACAUUGUAUAGAAUGGGCCAGUGUCCUUGAAUGGCCCCAACAGUUCCCAACUGAAAAAUUUGACUCUGACAAUCCAAUGCAUUUGGAUUGGAUGUACCAUAAAUCUCUCGAAAGAGCUCGUGAGUUCAAUAUCGAUGGUGUAACAAGAUCGUUAACUCUUGGUGUUGUCAAGAAUAUCAUUCCAGCUAUAGCGGCCACCAACGCCAUUGUAGCGGCCGCCUGUUGUAAUGAAGUGUUCAAAAUCGUCACCAAUCUGAACCCAAUCCUCACAAAUUACAUGAUGUAUUCUGGUGACGAUUCCAUCUUCACCUAUACGUUCAAUCACACGAGAAAGCCGGACUGUCCCGUGUGUGGUAAUUCUGCUAAACGAGUCGUGGCACAGAAUUGGUGGACUUUACAGGAAUUCAUCGACAGCAUUAGUAAUAGUCAUGAAGUUCAAAUGAAGAAACCUUCGUUGACCACAUCAAGAAGGAACUUGUACUUGAGGGCUCCUCCUAGUCUUGAAGAGCUUAGUCGUCCUAAUUUGACCGUCAAAUUGAAUCAAUUGGUUCUUCCAGGGGAAGAGAUUCUUGUCACUGAUCCUGCGUUACCAUUAUCUUUGAAACUAGCUGUUUCCUUUGAGGGACAUGAUGAAAGACCAAAUACUUUGAAGGAGCUUUUAUCUUGA